AUGGCAACUAAAUGCUGUUCUGCGGCCGAAACAUCCGGACUGGCCAAUACUCUCCAAGGACAUGUGGAUGACAUUCGCACUCUGAUACAGUGCGGUAUUUGCAUUCGACCUCUCUACGAACCUUUCACUCUUGCGUGUGGACACACUUUCUGCUAUUCCUGUCUAUCGUCAUGGUUCUCCGGAGGGAGAUCAAAGCGAACAUGUCCCGAUUGUCGAGCACCCGUCAAAUCCCAACCGGCACCAGCGUAUCUGGUCCGGGCGGUCGUGCAGAUGUUUACAGCUCGCGCUGAGCUUCUAGACAAGGGCGAAACGACCAUGGAGCAUACGAAAAAUCGACAAGAGGAAGCUGGGAAACUUGACCAAGACAAGUCGAAUAACCAUCCAACACAAGGGGGUCUAUUCGGCGGACUUUUCAGACCCAAAGCCCCCCCUCUAAAGCCCGUCAUUGACAUUGAUGAUGGGGUUAUGCGAUGUCCGUAUUGUUCAUGGGAACUCGAGGAAGGAGAGCAUUGUGCUGGCUGUGGCUAUCGAUACCGCCCUGGGUCCGAAACAGACGAGACCGAAUCAAGCGACGAGAGCGAAAGUGGUAGCGACCUCGAUUCACUAGAUGACAUGGACGACGAGGAGCCCGAGGAGCCCGAAGACGAUUUUGGAGACAUUGAUGAUGGCGUGUGGGGCGAGUUCGCAAGUCGAUAUCCUACCAAUGGUCCCACCUUUGGGAUGCCCUCUUUGCCAGGCUUUAUGGGUAGCUAUCAGACAAUGGCUCGCCUAGGGUAUCAUGGAUCCGCAAUGCCACCUGAACUCGUUUCACGAUUCACGGGAAACUACGGCCAGGACGAGUUUGAUUAUGAAGAAGACAUCGAGGAUGAGAACGAGUACGAUCAUGAAGACUCCUUCAUUAAUGAUGGAACCCAGCUUACGAAUGACGACUACGAAUCGGACUCGGAUCAUUCUACUGUUGUAAGCGGUUCUCAGCCUAAUGGCCCUCCCAGACCGAAUGUAUCUCGUCAUCAAAUACCACCACGCAUUGAUACAGAUACUGAUGGUGAAGAUGACGCCGAGGAAGAUUCGGAGGAGGUAAGUGACUCAGACUCAUCCGAUGAAGAUGAUAUCCGGGCUGCGCCUCCUCGACAGCCGUUUGGCAACGCACCUCGGCCUGUCUGGCGAGAGCCCGGCACCUCUCCAUGGGCGCAAAGGAUAGAAGACCAUCCUACUUCUUCUGCUGAGACUGUUGAAUCGAGCGAGAGAUCCGAAGAUUCGGAAGCUGCGAGCUCAUCGCCUCCUCGUCCUCCAGCAACCACAAGACCUAAUACGGGUCGUGGGCUCUCCCCUCGCAAUGCGAUUACCCUUGAUGAUUCCGACGACGAUCAACCUGUUGGCCCAGUGAGAAGAAAUACUCACAGACGGCGCAACAGAUACUCCCCAUACUAA